AUCUCUCUUGUUUUCCUCCUUUCCAAAUUCCAACUCCCUUCUGCCAUCGCCCUUCGAUAUCGAAUCCUUUUUCUUCCUUUUACAGCAGAAUAUCUAUAUUCUCUCGUCACCUUUUCAACUUCAACUUGUAUCGUGCGUCCGCGUGAUUCGAAUUCGGUGGUCUCCCUCGAAUUUUCAGCUUUUUCUGUCCUAUUUAAGCUGCCCAACGGCGCAACCCCAGACCCACAACCGCAACCGCAAUCGCAUUCGCAGCCAGCCAUAGAGCCUUCGGAUAACCGCCCGUGCCUUACCUGCAAUCCGGGGCCGAGUUGGGAAACUACAUCCUGAGUCAAAUGGGUUACGGAAGUAAUGAUUCACGAGAGAACGCGCAGCAGACUGACAUUGGUGCAGCGGUGCGCAAUGGAAGAGAAAUCCUUUUUCAGGCCUUCAAUUGGGAGUCUCAUAAACAUGAUUGGUGGAGAAAUUUAGAAACUAAAGUUCCGGAUAUAGGAAGAUCUGGUUUUACAUCAGCAUGGUUGCCACCUUCAACUCAGUCCUUUGCACCGGAAGGUUACCUUCCGCAGGACAUAUAUUCUCUCAAUUCUAAAUAUGGAUCUGAGAACUUGUUAAAAUCCUUACUUCAUAAAAUGAAGCAACAUAAAGUUAGAGCAAUGGCUGACAUAGUUAUCAAUCAUCGUGUUGGGACUACUAGAGGGCAUGGUGGAAAGUACAACCGCUAUGAUGGAAUUUCGUUGUCAUGGGAUGAACGUGCUGUCACAUCUUGUACCGGUGGAUUGGGUAAUCGAAGCACUGGGGACAAUUUCCAUGGGGUUCCGAAUAUUGAUCAUAGCCAACUUUUUGUUCGAAAAGAUAUUACAGGAUGGCUGCAGUGGCUACGUAAUAAUGUUGGUUUUCAGGAUUUCCGAUUUGAUUUUGCAAGGGGUUAUUCGGCAAAAUAUGUGAAAGAAUACAUUGAAGGAGCAAAACCAAUUUUUUCUGUUGGGGAGUAUUGGGAUUCUUGCAACUACAACGGUCAUGGCCUAGAUUACAACCAAGAUAGCCACAGACAGCGGAUAGUAAACUGGAUCAACGGCACAGGACAGCUAUCAACUGCGUUUGACUUUACAACCAAGGGAAUUCUUCAGGAAGCGGUUAAAGGACAAUUGUGGCGCCUGCGCGACCCCCAAGGGAAGCCACCAGGUGUAGUUGGAUGGUGGCCUUCUCGAUCUGUCACCUUCCUAGAUAACCAUGAUACGGGCUCAACGCAGGCUCAUUGGCCCUUCCCUUCAAAUCAUGUUAUGGAGGGUUACUCGUACAUACUCACGCACCCAGGAAUACCAACAGUUUUCUACGAUCAUUUCUAUGAUUGGGGUGAUUCCAUUCAUGAUCAGAUUGUGAAACUGAUUGACAUCAGGAAGCGUCAAGACAUUCACAGCCGAUCAUCUAUAACGAUCCUAGAGGCCCAACCGAAUCUCUACUCUGCUAUGAUAGGGGAGAAAGUGUGCAUGAAAAUUGGGGAUGGUUCAUGGUCCCCAGCCGGUAGGGAGUGGACACUGGCGACCUGUGGUCACAGAUAUGCUGUUUGGAACAAGUAGCUUAGAAAUAUUAUAGAUAUAGCUUUUACUUAAUUUAUGCCCACGCACUAUGGUUGUUAAUAUGUAUUUAUAUCAAUAAGACUUACACCAAAUAGGAUGAUAAUCGACGUCCUCAUCCUCCACCCCAUACGCAUUGAUAAAGGAGGACUUACAUGAACGGAUAUGCUAAAAGGACGAGCUGACGUUUGUAUUGUACGGAAGGUUUUUGCACUAGGAAUCAUUGUAGUAACUUACAAGUAUGGAACUGAGACUUCAUGUUGUAUCAUUAGGCCAUUUCUAGUGCCCUAAAAUAAUGUGUUGCUUUAUUGGUUAA